AAAAAACCUUGCAGGAUAAUUAGCAGAGAACCAAUUCACAACACACACAUUGAACAAGCUAGUGGGCAAGUUGUGUAAGGUAAAUGACAGUUUGUGGCAACGAGCCACCAUACUAAUGGAUGCACACGGAGUCGUAGUGUAACGCUAACGAAACACAAGUACGACAAACCAUGGGCGGAAGAUACAGAUCAACCGCGCGCAUUGAGUGGAGCACUCGAGGAGAGGCGGCCAUGUAGCCAGCUGCUCCAGGCUGCAAACAGCCAGUCUGCUCCAGAAAGAAGUAGGUCCAGACCGAUCCAGCUAAGGAGUGAUACUGAGCAGAUACAUGGAUAGCCAAAUGAAGCAACGUGUUUUCACUGGGGUUGUGACCCAGCUCCAGGAGCAUUAUGGGAUGGUGGACCAGGAAGUGCGUUUUCAGAAGAGUGUGGUGAAGGGGAGAGUUCCGGCACUGGGGGAGAGGGUGCUGGUAAAGGCUGUCCUGGAUCUAUCUCAAUCACACAGCUGGAGCGCCCAGAGAGUUCAAACCCUCGCAGAACACACACAGACGGCAAAGUUUCCUCGUCCUCUCCUGCCCUCCAUGAUGCCUGCACACGCACAGAAACCGGGCAUUCUGGGUAGCAAGCCGCAGCCUCUCCUCAAAUCUCCCAAGAUCCCUCCUCUCAUCCCCAGCAUCCUUCACACUGUGGCCAAGCCGGGGUUGCUGCAGACUCCAUCAUGGGGGGGUCAGUUUGAGGGUUGGGGCAGAGGCAUCAGGAAGAGACCUGCUGAGGCAGGGAGACGAGGAGACCGCCGGGAGGACAGCGGAGUGAGGGGUUGUGACCAGAAGAGGAGGAGGUGGAAGGAGGAGGAGGAUAAGGGAGCACACCCCAAAAAGACCUCCCCUACCCCAGUUCAGAGUCCCGCCCUCUUCUCUUGCUUCCCCAGGGAUUGUGUGUCCUGUGACAGUCUAGAGCUACAGCGUCGCUACCCCCAUCUCCCUCUCCCCCCAUCCGUCUGCCACCUGUCAAUCAGUUGGAUUGACAGCUUUCCUCCCUCCCAGCCCCUCCCCUUCCCGCUCCCACAGCCCUGCCUUUACCACAUAGGCCCCGUCGAGCCUGACCAACACAUACACACUGAGAGAGAGGGCGCAGAGUGCACUGUAAAGGUGCUGCUGUUGUCCAUGGCCAGUUCAGAGGAGCUGUACAGACAGUGCUGUGGGCUGCAGGACCGGAAAGAACAGCAGGAGGGUGCUGUGCACCCUGCCUCUCUCAUCAAGUUCCUUUUGGGGGAGGUAGGGGGUGAGUUUCGGGCCCUUGGGGGUCCGUGGUGUCUUGAGACAGAUGGCGGCGGUCCCAGUCCGCUGAAGGACCCUCGGGCACUGCUGAGGACAGCCCUGCGCUGUGUGAGGGAACAGAGUGGACUGGACCUCAGCGGCUGCUCCCAGUGGUAUAAGAUGGCUGAGCUGAGCUAUGUUUGUGAGGGGAAGCUGGAGACAGUGGUGUUUUUGUUACCUGAUGUCUGGCGGAUCGUACCUACAGAGGACGACUGGAGCACACUCAGGACUCAGGAGGAGGAAGGGGCCCCUCUCCCUGCCGCUCCAUGCCUGGUUGCAAGGCCUCGUCCUGGGCUAGCCCUCUGCCCCGUCCCCCUCUCCUCCCUCCUGGAGCCCCACACCUCCACAACCAAGGAGGCCUUUGAGGUGGGCUUGCUAGCAGAGUUGUUUUGUGAGAUGCUUCAGAGGGACUUUGGUCUACUGCUCUACCGCUGUCUCUGCUCUCUAACGCCUACACCAACGGAGGAUGACCAGAUAAAGAACGACAAAAAGCAGAGAAUACGGGAUGAGAGGAGUAAAAGAUUUCAGGAAAGAGGAGAGAGUGGAGGGACAGCAGCGGAGGAGACUGAUGAUGAUGGAGAAGAGAUAGAUGAGAAAGAGGGAGAGGGAGAGGGAGAAAGAGAGAUGUUGGGAGAGGAGGGAAUUACUAGUGAGAAUUCAGACUGCCUCUUGAAGCACAAUGUGCUAUCUCGUAGGGUGUUGUUGGCCUGUGUGUUCUUUGACAAACGGCUCACUGGCGGCCUCAGACAAGCAGACCUUCACAACAUCUUACUGUCUCUAGGGCUAUGGCUCACACCCACCCAAGUCCAGGUGUUGUUGAAUAAGGUGUGUGUGGAGGGGCAAUGUCCAUACAGGAUGCUAGCCUCUCGCUGGGAGGAGACGGAACACACAGAACCUGAUAUCAGCAUGGAAGGUAACCGUGGGUUGUUUCGUGGAGCUACAAAGAAGGAGAAGGCUUGUGGCCGGAAGUCUGGGGGAUCCAGGGGGCCAGCUGCAGCGGUGGGGGCUGAGGUGGUCUCCUACAAGGGCAGUGUGGUAAACAUCCCCAGCCUGCUACAGGCCCUGGAAGCAGCAGACAGAACACGGAAAGCCCUGGAGCUACGCAUCGCCACCCUACAGGACGCACUGGUGGAUGCUGCGGCUGUCACUCAGGGCCAGGAGGAGGGUCUUAGCAGCAGGCUGGAGAAGGUGGAACUUCGAAGCUCAUCCUAUGAGAAGAAGCUGAAGGAGGAUGCUGGUCACAUGUUCGCCCUCAUCCACAAAAUGCAGGAAAUGGUCGACAAGACGACAAGCCUGACUCAAUCAAAAACAGCAAAUGAAGAACACUGAUUGGUCGGAGCAGAACAGAGAAGUGAAGAUCAACUUGAAAGAUUACAUUAUUACAUACAUACAUACACACACGCACCAGCCGGCGUGACGGGGAUGAGUGAGUGACUACACACAUAUACAGUCAUGAUGGAAAGUAUUGGCACACUUGAUAAAGAUGAGCAAAAAAGACUGUAUAAAAAAAAUGAUACAAUUACUGAGCAAUAAUGUAUGCUCCCAAAUUUUUUAAAAUGAUAUGAUUUUAUACUAAUACAACUGCUCAAAGAAAGAUUUUGUUUUUCUCAAUAGAUGGGGUGGAAAUUAUUGGCACCCCUCUUUUCAAUACUCCGGCACCUUUGUGAGGAUAACGGCACAGCCUUUUUCUAUAAUGUUUUAUGAGAUUGGAGAACACAUUGGGAAGGAUGUUAGACCAUUCCUCCAUACAGAAUCUUUCCAGAUUAUUGAUAUUCUUCGUCUGCGCUCAUGGGAAAAUCAAUUCAAACCACAGGUUCAAUCGGGUUCAAAUUCGGAGACAGAGCUGGCUAUUGCAAAAUUUAGAUUUUUGUGGUCAGUUAACCAUUUCUUUGUAGCUUUUGAUGUGUGCUUGAGGUUAUUGUCUUGCUGGAAGAUCCACUUGCAGCUAAGUUUCAGCCUCCUUGCAGAGGCAACCAGGUUUUUGGCUAAAAUGUCCCGGUACUGGGUAAAGUCCAUCAUGCCGUUGACCUUAACAAGGGCCCCGGGACCAGUGGAAACCAAAUAGCCCCAUAACACAUUUUACAGUAGGUACGGGGUUAUUUUCUGCAUAUGCAGAUGCCAGACCCACCACUGGCAUUUACAUUUGUUGGAUAUCAUAUUUCUCCAACACCAAAUCAGUGUCUUAUUUGCAAUGAGAGAGCAUCGCGGACCAUAGCACUGUUAUAGAUCACUUUAUAUAAUCACAUCAGUUUUUAUUUAUCUUCAAAAAUAGAUAGGAAGAAACACAAAGCUCUCUUGAAAUGAAUUAUUCCUACUCUAAUUUGCCUACUUUCAGCACCAGGAGCUGUCCAUUUCCAAUUGAUUGUGCCGCGGCUGCUGCUUCAAGUUUCAGCACCACAAUGUAAAUGACUGAAAUCUGGCUUAUUGUGAGGUCAAUAACUGAUAAAUACAUCAUUGGCAAGAAAAAUAUUGUUUUUAAUCAAAUCUAUUAUAGUAGUAACAAGCUAUCAAAGUUGACCUCCAUCUUUGCGCUCUCCUCAAACUGAACAGAAUAUAGGCUAUAAGCUAGUCUGUGCGCAAGAGUGCAUUUUCUGGACUAGGUCUAAUAAAUAAAUAAAAAUCUGAAUAAGCCAUUGACUCCUCCUGAACUGCUACGGUAGUCCUGCACAGCCUUUGGUUAGGCAGCACAAUAACGUUUUGGAUGAGCAGAGCAGGCCGGGGUUGGAAUAUCCAUUGGUUAGGCAGCACACAAUAACGUUUUGGAUGAGCAGUGCAGGCCGGGGUUGGAAUAUCCAUUGGUUAGGCAGCACAAUAACGUUUUGGAUGAGCAGAGCAGGCCGGGGUUGGAAUAUCCAUUGGUUAGGCAGCACAAUAACGUUUUGGAUGAGCAGAGCAGGCCGGGGUUGGAAUAUCCAUUGGUUAGGCAGCACAAUAACGUUUUGGCUGAGCAGUGCAGGCCGGGGUUGGAAUAUCCAUUGGUUAGGCAGCACAAUAACGUUUUGGCUGAGCAGUGCAGGCCGGGGUUGGAAUAUCCAUUGGUUAGGCAGCACAAUAACGUUUUGGCUGAGCAGUGCAGGCCGGGGUUGGAAUAUCCAUUGGUUAGGCAGCACAAUAACGUUUUGGCUGAGCAGUGCAGGCGGGGGUUGGAAUAUCCAUUGGUUAGGCAGCACACAAUAACGUUUUGGAUGAGCAAGAGCAGAGCAGGCGGGGGUUGGAAUAUCCAUUGCAGUGUGUAAUACAACCCAGUUUUAUUUGCACCAUCCCAGCAGCCAUCUUAGAAAUAUAACUUUGCUCUAUGCUUCUCCGAGCAGGCACUUUGUAUUCUAUAGGCUAUGGCUCAUUUGAUUGAACCACACUAAAUAGCCUGCAAGCACACUUGAUAUUCCGCGCCCAGCAGAGAAUCAGAUUUGAGGGGCAGCAUCGGGCACACGUCAAUCUAUAGCCUAUUAAGCAACUCAUUCUAAAACGCUUUCAUCAAUUACAUGACUCUCCCCUGGACUAGAAAAAAAAUCAAAUUAAAAAAAAAUAUAUAUAAACUACCGUUCAAAGGUUUGGGGUCACUUUGAAAUUUCCUUGUUUUUGAAAGAAAAGCAAACAUUUUUUCCAUUAAAAUAACAUCAACUUGAUCAGAAAUACAGUGUAGACAUUGUUAGUGUUGUAAAUUACAUUAAUGACAUUGUAAAUUACAUUCUAAGUGACCCCAAACUUUUGACCGGUAGUGUAUAUACAAAACCCUCCUCCAAGCAACCAUUCUGUAAAUGUUUAUCCAUCCUCUACUGUAAAAUAUGGUGGUGGAUCUUUGAUAAGCUCAACAUGUCAAGGAUCUGAUUCUGUAUUGGGGAAUCGUCUAAGAUCCCUCCCAAUGUGUUCUCCAUUCUAAUAAAACAUUUUGGAAAAUAUGUAUUUUAUUUCAUGAUGUCAAUGUUACUGCAAACAUUCUUCAUUCAACAACUCUACUUCCAUCUAUCGUUGUGAUUUGGCAGGAAUAAACACGUUUGAA